ACCACAACGUGGAUAGUUGUGACAGAACAUUUAUGGCAGGGGACUGAAAAAAAUAUAUAUAUAUCAGUAGCUUCCCCCCCCCCCCCCCCCCCCCGACGUAUUAAAAUGGGUAAAAAGCGCCGCAGCGAAGACUCGGCGGAGUCAAACACUCCGGUGAAAAAAGGAAAAGUUCCGGAGUUUAAUGGGACUGUAUUCAAAGCCAUGCUGAAGGAACCCACCACAGCCACGAAGGGACUCGAGACGUUCAUAUCAACCGCAAAGAAGCUCCCAUGCUCGGACCUGUAUGAUGUGGUUGAAGGUUAUAUUAAAAUUUCUAUGGAGUGCGCGGAAAUAUUCAAAUUGUUGGAGGGAGAGAAGCAUACAGAGAAUGAGAUGAUGCUGAUUUUUGAGAGCUUGGAGAUGAUCCUUCUCAGGACAGCCAGUGACCUGACCCACUUCAACAUGGUUGGCAAUGCUAUUGUGAAAAAAACUGUUUCUAGCUACAUGAGACUUCUGCAGGGAUCUUUCCAUUCAGAGAAUCACAGGUUCGUCCGUCAGUGCCUCAGUUUCCUGUCCGCCUUGGUGUCUCAAGGUCCAGAAGCUGCUAGAGAAGUCUUAAAUCACAUCCACAUCAAUAAAGCACUGUCUGGGCUGGCAAGGAGAAAGGAUAAGAAGGGAAGACCUGAUGUCCGCAUGGCUUUCAUCCAGUUUGUGCUGUCCUUUCUGGUGUCUGGAGAUAAUGCUACAGUUGGACAGAUAUUAGAGCUCAAAGAGCUCCUGCCAGAGAUCCUGAGUACGGGUUUGAAGGAGGACAGGAUGUCCCUCGUCAAUCUGAUAUUGUCCACACUGAAGACUAGAGUUUUACAAAACAAAGCUGUAAGUAAAACACAGAAGGUGCGAUUUUUCACACCUGCUGUAUUGGCCAACAUUGCAUCUCUGUAUAAAUGGAAUGGGAUUGUGGAUGCAACCACUGAUGACAACAGGAUGGUGGAGAACUCAGAGCAUGCUGGGAUAUCUGUCGUCCGGGAACUUGUUCACAGCUUCCUUCUUGACCUGUGUUGCUCUCGUAAACAUGGCAUCAGUUUUCAUGAUGCCAGCUUUGGCACAGCUGGCAGAGCUGGUAACAUUGUCUUGCUUCAGUUCUUGGGUGGGCUGAAGCAGGCCACAGAAGACGAACUGGUGGCAGAGCUGGUUGUGAACACACUGAAAGCCAGCCCUGAUAUGCUGGCCAGAUACUUCAAGGAGACUCAGUAUUCAUAUGCCCCCCGUGUCAAAAGUGCUUGGCAGGACAAUGUCAGGUUACUUAAAAAGAUCUACGAGGCCCAACCAGAGCUUUCCACAGUUUUUCAAACCUGUGAGGUCAUUCCUCUUCCUCGCCUGCUCUCCAUGAUAAUGGUCAUAUCUCUUCCUCCAGUCUGCAACAAAGCCUUCUUCACACAGGGCCUCAGUCUUUCCAACACAGCAGUGCAGCUCACAACUCUGUCCAUGAUGAAUUUCAUACUGAAAAGGGCCAGCAAGAAUAUAGAGUACCUUUUGGAUAAGUCUGAGUGGCACAGCUCAGAUGUGUACACUGCUGACACGAUGGGGGAUUUGGUGCAACAGUACAGGGAGACACUCAGCAAGAUUUUGCCUGACAUGACGAGCAUAGUUGCAAAGUGGCAGUCACUUAGCAAGAAGGAAAAGACGGGUGGUGAAGAAAAAAAGACCAAAACAGAAGCGAGUGCAGAACAGACAGCUGAUAAAAAUGAAGUGCCUGUUGCUGAGACAGCUGAGGUCAUCAUGCUCAAAGCUCUGAUUCUUCAGGCCAUUUGUCUUUACCAGAAAGUUGUGCCACAUCUGGUUAGCCAGUGCAAAUUCGACUUCAGCAAGCUCUUAAAAGGGAUUGUGUCAGAGAAAGGAAUGAGGGAAGAAGUUCCCCCAGUUUUACAGUAUCAGAUACUGCAGUUGGCCUUAGAUCUCCCAGCGAACAAGUUCUCCUGGUUCCGCAUACAGGAUAUUGCAGAUACUGAAUCUUCACCAGGAGAGAAGUCAGUACUUUACCUGCUUCUCAAUAUGUUUGUCAGCAGCACCAGCAGCCACCUGAAAACCUCCACACGGAUGCUGAUUCUAAAAGUACUAAAGGACAGCGGGGUGUUUGAGUACACCUGGACUGAACUUGAGCUCUGGCUUGACCAGCUGGCCAGAGUAGAGGCAAACCAACAAGACACUGUCAUCCAGUUCUUGGAGAGGGUAUUGGUGAAACUGGUGUGCAGUUCCUACACAUACACAGAUAAGGUUGCCAGCCUGGUCCAGGAGGCAGCUUAUCUGCAAGCCAACCUGAGUAGCCAGGAGGGCGACGUUGCCAGUAUCCCUGUCUCUCACAUAGAUGAUGUCUUAGACAUGCUGGAUGUCAUUAUGGAGGGUAAUGAUGGUGAGAUGGAGGAGUUCGGCCCGUCUUUGAGCGAAGACCUCAUUAUCCAAACUUUCCCGUUCAGUGUGGUGGUACCUGCUGCUCUGGAGGCCCGAAACAAACUUCCGGCAAACAAAGGAGUGGUACAUGAGUACCUAUCUGCUGUGCUUUCUGAUGUGCUGCACUGUCAAAGAGAGCCGCUCCCCCUGUGCCUGGCUCUGCUGCAGUACGACAAAGAGCUUGUAUCCUCUGAACUCUCCGCUUCUCCUCAUCCUUCUGUCAUACACCUUCAUCAGUAUUACUCCAGAUGGCUACCACAACAGUGCCGGGAGGACCUGUUCAAAUCCUCUGAAUGCCAUUCGAAGGGAUUGCCAACCCCCAAUUCAUACACUGCUCUGAUGAAAGCUGUGUAUAGCCAGGGACCGAGCGCUUUGCUUGAGGACACCUUUAGGAAGAAAGUGGAAGAAACUCUAGCUUCCAUGUCAGUGGCUGAGUUUCCAGUAGCAAUCAAGCAGAUCUUACUCUAUGUCAAAUCAGCAGUGGAAAACUUUGGAAUGUUUUCCAAAGACAUAGGAGUUGCCCUUUUGAAGACCUUGAUGGGACAGCUCCAGGAUUUGGUGACCAAGCUACAAGGCUUUCAGGAGACUGAAAAGCCUGAGCCACCACCAGAGAACUUCCAAGAAGGAUCAGACCUCUUCCUGGAGCUCAACCAGUCGUCCACAGUAGAAGCAGAUAAAGAGCAGAUCCUUAUUUCAGCUCUUGGCUCCAUCUUCAAGCAUCCAUGUUUGGAGCAGUGGUUUCUGGCUCUGGAGCUGUCUGCUUUGCCUCCUCAUACUCUGAACCCUGUCAGACUGAAGCACCUGAGUGCUCAGCUGACUGACAGCAUUCUGGCCCUGCUGAAGAUCAGUGCCCCCAUUCUUCGUGAUCUGAGUCAUCUGGAGCUUCUUUCGAGCUACCUGGGGGCUUUAGAAAGAGCUGUUCUCAAAGAAUUGAUGGAGAAGGGCUAUCGGGCUCCAAAGACACAAUCCAGGCCUUUUCAUGCCCUCUUGUCUCUACACAGUUACAUGGACUCCUGUAAUCUGAGGGAGGUGGUCUCCAAGUUGUUACUCCUCCCCCAGGAGAGCCUCAUCUCUCCCGGCAGUGAGGGCACACAUGCCAGCCUUAGUGUCUACGGUCAAGCAGCCCUUCAGAUCCUUACAGAGUGUAAAUCUAACCCUUCCCAGGACCACAGCACCUUUCUGACACAGGCACACCUCCAUGGCCUGGGCACUCUGCUGUUGUCCUGCUCCAGCCCUGCUCUGGAGGCUUUCCUGCUCCAGGCUCUGUCUGUUGAGCCAGGCAGUGCCAAACUCAUCCACACAGAUGUGCUGCUGCAUUGUCUCCAGAAGCCCCUCUCAGACACUCAGGCCAUCAGCUCCCUACUGCUGCAGAACUCCUCCACCCACCGCCUCUGCUUUGAGUGGUGGUGCCUAGAGCCUGCAAACACGGAGAAGCUCUCAGACCAGACAGAAACAUUCCUUCCACUGAUUAAUACCUACUUACAGGUGGCAGGUAGAGAGGACCCAGCAAGGCCCAAAGAUGUGCAAAAAGACGUUUUAAAAGCCUUGAAACAAACACUACUCGCCAAAAUGUCCCAGUGUGUUCUGGGAAACCUGACAGAAGACUCUGGAGCCCAGCUUGCUGAAACACUAGCCAGUCUGAUCAGUCUCUCUGCCAACACCAAGGACAUCAGGGAUUUGUUUUUCAACAAUCUGCCCACUGCUCUCCAAAAAGUGGACAGUUUUGAAAGAUGGCGACUAGUAGACGUUAUCACCGAGAAGCUGGCUGAUUGCCCAGAAGAACUAAAUACCUGGAGGAAGUCUGUCACAACUGCUGCCCUCAAGUGUCUCAUCACCUCUUACAGUAACUCUAAAGAUCAGGAUACUUCCCUGUCAGAGAAGGAGCAGAGCAUCCUGGAAAGACUGCAGAAACUCCCAAUGUCAGCUGAAGACAUUACUCCAUCUGAAUGGAAUGGUUUUGUCAAGAACGGACUGAAAUAUCGGUACAGAGAUCACCACUUCCUGAACACUUUGAACAGCCUGCUGAAAGUGAUGUAUGGUGGCAGUGAAGUCCAGAAGGCACUGAUACCUUUAUCCACGCUUCACAUGAUGACCAGCAGCCAUUCUCUGUUCCUGCCCACCAUGCUGGAGUCUGAUGGAGAACCUAGCAGAUCUCAGGCUAAAGAAGCGUUAGUGUCCCUUCUUCUCUGUCUCGUGAAGAAAUGCCCAACAGUCUGUAAUAUCAAUCACUUUGUUAUACUUUUGGGAGCAUAUGGAGCUACACUGAAUACUUCAGAUCAGAAACUGUUACUGCUUCUUCAGGAAUAUGAAAGAAACCAUGUCAGUCUGCUGAAGUUUCAAUCCUUCAUGUGGGGCCCAGCAGCUGUGGAGCACCACAAGACCAGGAAAAGCCUGGGAGCUUCUCUGUGGAAGCAGGCGAGCUCAGACGACCUGUUGGCCCUGCUGAAAACCGACAGGAUGCUUCAAACUAUUGCACACUUUCCUCAGCAACGCAGAAUCAUCCCGCAGGAAGGCAAGGAACUUCUGGACAACAAUAAUGCAGUGAAGGACCUUGGGAACAUGUAUGAUCCCUGUUUUCUUUUGCCACUGUUCAGUGCCAUACUGCGUCCAGAGUGUGUGAUAGACUGCCUCAAGUUUGUAUCCAGCCACGCUCUUGGAUUAACUGUAACGGCUCUAAGUAGCUACGACCCAAAGGUGAGAGCGGCAGCAUACCAUGUGCUGAGCUGCUUCUACCAACACCUGGAGGGUGCUCGGGUCAGGGAGAAGAGACAGCUGCUGUACCUGAUGGACACGGUGAAGAAUGGAAUUCGACAGCAGAAUCAAAGACUUCCGUUUGUCCUGACCACAUACAUCAUGAAGGUGGCUCAGCAGAUGCUAAAACCUGAGGACCACAUGUAUGUGGUUUUAAACAGAUUUCUGCUGUCCCAUCAGAGUUUGGACUUCAGAAGAGUCCCUGAGUUCUUCAAGUUAUUCUAUGGCUUUGACUUAGAGCACAAGCUGGAACGCGAGUGGAUCCUGAGUGUGCUAGAGGAAGGAAUAAGUGAUGGACACUGCUUUGAAUUGUGCGACCAACAAGGCAUCUUUCAGAGCCUCUUAGGCUUUGGCAGCAGCCCCCUGUGUGACGAACACUCCCAGGCACAGAUUAUCAGGGUGUUGUGCCAGGCUGCCCAUGUGACCAAAGCAGCUUAUAACAUGACCAAAAGCUGCGGGGUCCUAACCUGGAUGAUUCAGGUUGUUGAAAAAAAGAAUCGAGACCAGCGGCUGCUAAGUGCCAUCAUAGAUCUGCUCCAUGUGCUGUGGUUUACUAACCUUGGGCAGAAGGAGAAGCAGGUGGAUGGAGCUAAAACCUCCUCAUCUGCAGAGGAGAAACCUGAGAAAUCAGUGAAGUAUCUCCCUCUCCCACUCAUCAGUGAGUUUCUGUGUGUGGCAUCAACCAUCAGCAGACACCUCAGGUUGGGUCUGAAGGCUGCUCAGCUUAGCCUGUUUCUGCAAACUCUUUGCUCCAUACUGAAGCAUCGUGGGACAGCUCUCAGGGUAAACAAACAGGCUGAGCGGCUCACACUCCAUCCACAGCCUCUCUCCUGUACCGAUGUCCUCGCUCUGCUCCUCUGCUGGGCUUCCCUGUCGUGCAACAAGGCACUCUUGACCCAAAUACAAGCCUUGUCCGAAAAGCACAAACUGAAAGAAUUGCUGGGGAUGGGGAAAGAUAAGGCCCGAAGUAAAGGCUCCUUUUCCCAGGCCUGCACACAAAAAGAGAACCUGGCAGAAGAUGCUGAAACUGAGAAACAAGGAGAGAGUCCCCUGACAGAGUGUAAAUUUUACCUCAGCAGUAUCUUUGUUCACUGGGAGCCAGUGUUUCCCCUCUCUGAACCCCAGCAGGUUCAGCCAAGAGACAAACUGGAUCCCAGUCGGCUGGCCAGCGAUACUGCGCACCUGCUCACCAAGUGGUCCCUGCGGUGCUUGGUGGAGGACUCGUAUGAUGAAAACAGAACAAAGGACUUCUUGCAAUGGGUUGAAAAGGCUGUGGUAAAACACAGGGAAAUUGUGGAUGUUGUGUUGCUCGAUCCUGGCUUGAAAGCUGACCUCCUUCGACUCUACCACCGGGCCUUUGAAGCUCAGUGUCACUCCACUAUUUUGACAAGAGUGGAAACCUUACAGCAAUUUAACAACAUUAUGAUAUGCUUACUGGAGGCCCAAGGCCACCUUCCAGAGCUGCAUCAGGCAGUCGUCUCCGCCUGCCUGCCAGAAUCCACUCAUCAUCAGUCUGGAUGUGAAGCAGGGCUGUGUCUGCUCUCGUUGUACAUCCAUGAGUUGUGGAGUGGAGCCACAUCAGCAGAGCUGUUCCUGUCUCACGUCAGUUUGGUGACCAGAGCCAAGUGUAAGAGACAGAAAGCCUCCAAAUCACCACAAACAGCCAUCAGAGCCAUCUGUAAUGACAUCAUCGCCUUGAAGAGUUAAAUAUGACGUCUGAACACGACUGCGUUCUUUGAUAUAGACCUAAUUUGUAUUCUUUGAUUUUCGGUGCCUUGUUUUGUGCCUGUAAAAAGACUGAAGGUAUUUUGUAAAGCCCUCUGUUAUAAAAUGAGAAUCUGCAAAUGUGUCACAGAUUUGUAAAUGUUUUUUUUUUUAACAUAUGGUUCCUGUAUUUUCAAAUUUUAAAACUGUCUUUAAUUGUAUGUGAAGACUUUGGGUUUUGUGUGUAUUGUAAACUAAAUUCAGGAAAUUGGAUUCAGUGCAGUAAAGUUGCCAUCACAAUGAAUCACAAUAUUAUAUCUGUGCCCUUGUCAUUUUAACAUCG